AUGGCCAACGAUGAAUAUGACGUGAGUGGAUUCAUGAUGAUAAGCUCUUAUAUGUCUUUAGAACAAUACACUGAUGUUAAUAUUCCCCUCAGUUUCUUUUCAAAGGUACUGUCGCCACUUUAUGAUGAUGCCCGCCCUUGUCUUAUCCGACAUCCCCCCCCCCCCCCCCUUUCGCCCCCUUCUGAAGAACCCGAGGCUGACAAUGGAGGAAUCGUGGGUCGUUUCACUCGCAACGAGUUCAACUUAGACUCGAAGUCAACGAUCGGUGUGGAGUUCGCGACCCGGUCAAUCCAAGUCGACUCGAAGACAAUCAAGGCACAGAUUUGGGAUACUGCUGGCCAGGAGCGCUACCGCGCGAUCACCUCUGCCUACUACCGUGGCGCUGUCGGUGCCCUCCUUGUUUACGAUAUUAGCAAGCACCAGACCUACGAGAAUGUCAACCGGUGGUUGAAGGAGCUGCGGGAUCACGCUGAUUCGAACAUCGUCAUCAUGCUCGUCGGUAACAAGAGCGAUUUGCGCCAUUUGCGUGCCGUCCCCACAGAGGAGGCCAAGCAGUUCGCCAGUGACAACAACCUUUCAUUUAUCGAAACAUCCGCACUGGAUGCCAGCAACGUCGAGCUGGCCUUCCAGAACAUCCUCACAGAAAUCUACCGCAUUGUUUCCAGCAAGGCUCUUGAGCCUGGAGAGGGUGGCCAGCAGGUUCUCGACCGCCGUCCAGUUAUCGACCCUAGCAAGCAAGACAGCGAGACGAAGCAGGGCUGCUGCUAG